ACGAGCAUUUGCACUAUUUGUUUGAGAAGUGCAGGAGAUUAAUGCCCGUCCUCCCUUGUAAAUAACCCCUGUUUUUUUUUUAAUCUUUUUUUUGUUUCAUAAACUCAAUAAUUUCCAGUUCUCAUCCACAAGGAGCUGAGCAACUGCGUGCGCGGCCAUGAUAAAAGCUAGCGGCGAAUCGCUAAGUCUUCCCUCUUGGAAUGAUCAGGAACUGGUAGACGACCUGCUUUCCGGUGACGGGCCCGGCAGAGGCGGUGCGGGAUUUUCCCUGGUCAAGGCCUUACUUCCCGUGUCGGAUCCCCCAUUUGGCACAAUUCAGUGGGCGUGCUCCACCCGCUACAAGACGGAGCUGUGCAUGAGCUACGCCUCCACGGGCUCAUGCCGCUACGCCGAGCGCUGCACUUUCGCCCACGGCCUGUGUGACCUUCACGUACCCUUCCGCCACCCAAAGUACAAGACCAAACCGUGCCGCAGCUACCACGGGCUGGGCCGCUGCCAUUACGGCAGCCGCUGCUGCUUUGUCCACGGCGCCGCGGAGCGUCGGCCGGCGCAACGCGACGAUUUCCGCCACGCCAACGUGCCCUGCCGCACUUUUAGUAAAUUUGGCAUCUGCCCUUACGGGGCGCACUGCCACUUCUUGCAUGUCGAGGGCGCCCCCAAGGAGGCCGGGAAGCCUCAGAGCGCCUUAUGCUACACUUUUAGCUCUUUUGGCUUUUGCCCAUACGGCACGUGGUGCCGCUUCCGCCACGUCCUGCCCGACGCGGUGAAAAGCACCUCGCCCAGCCUGGGGAGUGAAGGCCCGGCCUCGCCCAUGUUAGACUCCCAGUCCGCGUCGCCGUCUGCCUCCCCAAAAGCAAGCUGCGCCACAGCAUUUUCCAGCAGCAUAUUCCAGCGACGUAUGCGGCGAAUGGAGAGCGAGGAGGCCUGCGACAUGUGGGAAUUGCUGUAAUGGCUCUUUGUGUACUUUGAGGGCAAAUUUUUUUUGCACCAUUUUCUUUAGCCCUUUUUUUUUUCCCAAAAAGAUUGCAAAUGUUUUUUUCUUAACAGGCUUGGAGUUGGACUUUCUUAAUGAAUUUUAAAAUGUAAUUUAAUGGACUAAAUUGUGGAUAAAGCGAGGGGAAUGCCUGUUCAUAUGGGAAUAAAAUUACU